AUGUACAAUUGGGCGCGGCGCCUAAAGCACAAAAACUUGUUGCAGCUACUAGGCUGGUGCCAUGACGGAGAGAAACUCCUGUUAGUGUAUGAGUACAUGCCUAAUGAAAGCCUUGAUAAAUACAUCGGCAAGAUGUUUCUUGAUUGGGACACCAGAUUCAAGAUUCUAUCAGGACUAGCAUCAACACUAGUGUAUCUUCAUGAAGAAUGUGGGAAUCCUAUUGUACAUCGAGACAUUAAGCCAAACAAUGUGAUGCUAGACACUGAGUAUAAUGCUCACUUGGGUGAUUUUGGGCUAGCAAGAUUACUCCAAAAUGAGAACUUUGUUACAACAAUGGUGGCUGGCACUCCAGGAUACUUAGCACCAGAAGUUAGCUACACAGGGAGGGCUACCCCGGAGUCUGAUGUCUAUAGUUUUGGAAUGGUUGUAUUAGAAGUGGUAUGUGGACGAAGAUCAAAAGGGAUUAUGGAAGAAAAUAGCUUGGUCGAUAAAGUAUGGAGUUCAUAUGAGAAAGGUACAAUAUUGGAAUGUAUGGAUCAAACACUUGAUGGGAAAUUUGACAAUGUACAAGCUCAAAGGUGUUUUAUCACUGGAUUAGCAUGUUUACAUCCUGACAGAACUCUCCGGCCUAAAAUGAGAAAAGUGGUGCAAGUGUUUAUGAAUCCUGAUGAGCCGUUAAUGAAAUUGCCCGAGUCUCGGCCUAGUCUCGUUUGUGUUUCAUGGCAUUCUCCUACUUGUUCAACAAUAACAACUAGUCUAGAUAACAUGAAGCACAUUCCAGAUGAGGUGACAGUCUCUUAUGAGGAUGCUUCUCAGACAAAGAAACUACAUAUAUAG